GGCUGCUACUAGCUCUGGACAGCUCCCGCCAACCGACUUCAAGUUCAAGUUCAACUACAGCUCUCGAACUCAGGAAUUCGAGGCGCUCCAGGCUCAGAAAAGGAGACCACAUUGCUGCAGCUGCCAGGGUUUAUGUUGUGGUGGUGUGGAGAGGAGCUUGAAAGGCGAUUGGCUUCUCGGGCGUAUUCCUUUGUGCACCCGUCUCCCAAUGAGCAGCCGCCGGGCAAGCAACGGGCUAAUAGCAGGAGGCCUCAUUCUGUUUGCCGUGGGUGGCAUGUCCCUGCCCUUCUUUCUGAGCAAGCGCACUCCAUCGCUGAGCGAUUCCAAUCGACCUCUGUCUCCUGAUGCUGUUGGCCGAGGGCCUUACGUAAACUCAGAGUUCUGUAAUCUUUAUUACCUUUCUGGGGAACAUGUUCUAAAGACAUUGGUCCUGACGUCAGCAGGUCGAAGAGGAAUUCGUCCCAGCAAGUGGACAGCCGAUGAGGGUCUGCAACUUGGGAGACAGUCCUCGGUGAGCCUUUCCGGGGAGGCUUCUUGA